GGGGCCCCCUGGGCAAUAGGGGAUCAUGGGGCCCCUGUGUCCUUGCCCAAACUCAAAAAAGCCUAUGAAAAAGAAUGUACACCAUGUAGUGUGAAUACUUCAUUACACUUCAUGGAGACACCAAGAGAACAACCAUUGCAUAAAAGGAUAAAAAGAAUACUUAACCAUCCUCUCCAGCAGGGGUGGACUGACAACUCAUGGGGCCCCCGGGCAAUAGGGGAUCAUGGGGCCCCUGUGUCCUUGCCCAAACUCAAAAAAGUCUAUGAAAAAGGUACCAGAGGCAUCUCAUGGGGCCCCCCUACUGACCCCGGGCCCUUGGGCAGUGCCCGAGUUUCCUAAUGGUCAGUCCCCCCCCCCUGUUCUCCA